UGUAUCUAUGUUCUGUCUCCUGUUGCUUCUGGACGUUGUCUCUGUUGGGUACCCUUCGGAAAGGCUUUAGGAGGAUGCUAGAAGGGAGGAUGCUAAGGGGUGCAAGUCGCUAGGGGUUGGAGUCUGGGAGGGAUCGAGUAGGAUUCAAACUUGGAUUGGGAUGGACCCGGGGUGGAAUCGAGGUAGGAUGGGGAUGUAUCCAGGUUGGGAUCGAGGUAGGAUCGAGAUGGGAUCAGAAAGGGAUCGUGUUGGGGUCGGGGUGGGGUCGGGAUUGGAUCGAGCUGGGUUUGAGGUGGGAGCCAAUCGGGGUCAGGAUGAGAUCGAAACGGGGUUGGGGUGGGGUUGGUACUGGUACGGGGUUCGACGCGAGAUCUGGUUGGAGUCUGGGAGGGAUCGGGUAGGGUUCGACUCUGGGUUAGGAUGGAACUGGGGUGGGAUCGAGGUAGGGUCGAGAUGGAACCGGAUUGGGAUCGGGGUAGGAUUGAGAUGGGAUCAGGGUAGGACCGGGUUGGGGUCGGUGUGGGGUCGGGGUGGAGUCGAAGUGGGAGCGAAUCAGGAUCGGGGUGAGAUCGAAUCGGGAUUGGGGUGGGGAUGGUAUCAGUGUGGGGUUCGAUACGAGAUCGGGUUGGAAUCUGGGAGGGAUCGGGUAGGAUUCGAGAUUGGAUCAGGAUGGAAGCGGUGUGGGAUCGAGGUAGGAUCGGGAUGGAACCGGGUUGGGGUCGAGGUAGGAUCGAUAUGGGGUCAGGGUGAGAUCGUGUUAGGAUCGGGGUGGGGUCGGGAUGGGAUCGAGGUGUGGGGUCGAGCUCGGAGCGAAUCGAGGUCAGGGUGAGAUCAACUUCGGGUUGGGGUGGGGAUGGUACCGGCAUGGGGUUCAAAGCUAGAUCU